AUAAUUUUUUUUGGGUGCAAUGAUAUAAUGUCAUUGUCAUAAUCAUUUUGUCAUCCCCUUUCAUAACAAUUUUAUGUGACAGUUUAAGAAAUUGAUUUGUAAAACGUGAUAAUAAGUUUUUAUAAAAUUGAUUAACAAACAUAUUACCUAAAAUCAGAGUAAUAGUCAAAUCUUGUAAAAUGUCGGAUAGACUCAAGAAUACGAACACAAUCUCCAACGAGGAAGUUAUUGAAGAUUUAACUAAAGAUUUGGAGUUAAUGAGCGCUGAUGAAACAACAGCGAAUGUUAUAAAUCCAGAAAGUACAGUAGAUGACUUUAUGAAUUCUGCCGGAGAUACACAGAAAACAGACAUUCCAUAUACUGAAGAUGACUGUGACAAAGAUGACAUGACAUACAAUGAUGAUUACAAAGCUGAAAGUGAUAAAGAUGACAGUGACACAGAUUCAAUAGACGAGGAAUCUCUGAAAGAUGCUGAGGUUGAUCUAACUGAUGACCAGAAAGAGGAACGAAGAAUUCAAGCAGAGGGAUUAAAGAAUGAAGGAAAUGAAGCAUUUAAAAUCGGUGAAUACGAAAAAAGCAUAGAGAAAUAUACUGAAGCUUUAAGAAUCUGUCCGCUGCAGUUUGAACAGCAACGCUCAAUCUUAUAUUGUAAUCGAAGUGCUGCAAAAAUGAAACUGGAGAAAUAUAAAAGAGCAAUCAAAGAUUGCAGUAAAGCUAUUGAGUUGGAUGAUAAAUAUUUGAAAGCUUAUUACAGAAGAGCACAAUCAUAUGAAGCAACAGAGAAGUUUGAUGAAUGUUUAGCAGAUUUCAAGAAGAUUCUUGAACUAGAUCCAGCACAUAAAGAGGCUCAGGCAGCAAUGAUCCGUCUUCCUCCCCUCAUAGAGGAGAAGAAUGAGAAAUUAAAAAAGGAAAUGUUUGGUAAAUUAAAAGAUCUAGGCAACAUGAUACUGAAACCAUUCGGUCUGUCAACGGAGAAUUUCCAAUUGGAACAGGAUCCGGAGUCAAAAGGAUAUAAGAUUAAUUUUAAACAAUAAGUCUACUCUCUUUAGAUUUGCUGUUCUAAGUUAAAACUCUAUGGACACAUGUCCUUUUUUAUAUCUUUGAGAAGAACAAAGAUAGCUAUAUUUAUACAAAACUAGAUUCUCAUUAAAUGGAAUGUGUCCUUGAUAUUUCGUUACAAGAAAGAGAUGAAAGAUAUAAUGUUAAACGAAGAAAAGAGAGGAAAAUAUACAUUAAAUAAAGUAUGUUGAAGUUACCAAAGCUUAUUUAUUGAAUAUAAUUUUGU